ACUGUUAUAAACUUGCUAAAACUUAGUAAUGGCUUCCGUUCUACAAAUUGCAGUACAGAACUCUUGUUUACAAUUCUCUACAACUAAUCGUAGCAUAAAACUCCGCAGAUAUUUUAAGUCGACAGUUCUCGACAUCUCUGGUUCUGCAAAAAUAUCUCAAAUAUCCACAUUUUCUUUACCAGUAAAUUCUCAUAACUUGACCAUCAAACACAUCUCCCGGGCAUCACCUGAAGAAAUUCCUGGUGAGUUACAUGAUGAUUCAAAAUUUGUACCUUUGAAUGCUGAAGAUCUUCAAUACGGUCCUCCAGCUCUGUUGUUGCUGGGAUUCGCAGCCGAGGAAACAGGGCUGAUCCAACAGUUUCUCAAAGCGAUAGGUGGAGAAUUCCUGAAGGUUGUUCAUUGUACUGAGGAUAUGAUUACUCGAUCAUUAUGGGAAGCAAUCAACACAGAGCAACCCAAUUUGGAAGAAGUACAGAUAGCAAAAUCAGUUCCACGUGUUUGUUUCUUAUCUGGUCUAACUGGGGAGGAAAUGAUGAUGCUUAUAGAAGAAUUUCCAGAAAUUGGACUGGAACCUGUGGUAUUUGCUGCUCUUGUUCCUAACAGUGCAGAUAAGCUGUUACAAGAGGUGGUUGAAGAGGUUAUCGGGGACCAUGAAAUGAUGUGCAGAUUGCACAACAAUCAGACUCAACAUAGGCACAUUCAGUUAGAAAGGGUAAAGACAGCCAAUGCAUACCUUCGUUCAGUACCUGAAUUUUGACAGUCGAAGUUGGCAAUGGAGAUGCAAGAUUUUGUUCCGACUUCUGAAACAAGGUUGCCAACUAUAGCUAAAAAAAAGUUAGAAUGGCAAACACUCCCAAUAAGAAAAUUACAUGCUGACAAUUUGCUGCAGACAUUUAAGACAUGUAUUCCAACUAUUCCCGUCCUACUGCAGUCGCCAGGAUUACAUUUGUCAGCUAGAUAAAUAUCCAAACAUCAUAUUUGGAGAUCUGUUCAUAAACGUACAGUGAUGCAUUAAGCUGAAAGGUCAAAUAUUACUUUAUGGUUCCUCUCA